AUCUUAAAUCUCCUCUUCCUCCCUCCCUGCCUCUCUCUCACUAGAUAUCAUGCAUACAUAUGCCUGCCAACCUGUUUAAUUCUCAGCAAGAAAACCAGAAAGGUCUUCUUGGCCCUGGCCUUGCUAGGGAGGUUACAAAGAUCUUGGCUUGUUUGGGAGAGGAACAGAGGGAGAGAGGAGUACCUUGCUUUCUUCUUAAAUCAGAGGGAAAUUAGAGGAGUUAAGUACAUGCUAUACUAGGAGACAGACAAACAUAGAAUUGAAGGAAACUAAUUGCAGGUUAGAUUCAGCAAAAGAUGGAGAGGGAGCAGAUGAGGAUGGCCAUCCUGAAUCAAGAACAAACAUUCAGACAACAGGUUCAUGAGCUGCACAGACUGUACCAUGUUCAGAAACAGUUGAUGGGGCAGAUGCAGAUCGCCAAGCUGAAUCAAGCUCGAGCAGUCGCUGCUGAAGCCAAAAUUCAUGAGCAGAAGCCAAAAUUCGAGAUCAAUUUCGCUGAGAAUUCAAUCAACCACCAGCAAUUGUACAGCUUCCAAACGAACAAGAUCUCUUCUUCCCCUGCAGCUGCAGCACAAAACGAAGAAGAAAAAGAAUGCGACCUCGAGCUGACGCUGGCGACGGGGAGCAGCAGCAGCAGCAGCAGAAGCAGCACGAGCAGGCAGCACAAGGGCAAGGAGGUGAAGUCCUCCAACUCGGACUCCGGCACGGCGGUGUCGUCGACGUCGACGGAGUCCGAGCUGGCGCAGCUCAAGGAGCACCACCUCGACUUCGCGGCGGCGGCGGCGGCGGCGGAGACAGCGCCGGUGAGGUUCCUGACGAGCAGCGAGAUGAGCAAGAAGAGGCAGCAGGUCGGCGCCGUCGUCGAACACGAGAUGAACCUCCAGCCUCCGUGGCUCAACCAGUGCCUGAGCCUGAGGAUGGCAUGACGGGUUAGCUAGCUAGGAAUCGGGAGUUCGACGAUCGAGCUCGUCUUGCUGUAGAUUGCGUCGAGGAAGAAGGAGAUCGAGGAGGAUCGAUCGAUGCAUGCGAUGCUGUCACGUGUACAUCACAGAGCUAAUUUUUUUUUUCUGCAAGAAUUGGUAAUGGGCAUGCUGACCGAAAGGGUUGUCUCGC